AUGGCCGAAUCAACAAUUGUCUCCAACACCGCAACUCUCCUCAAGUACCGAGAUCUGGACCAGAGGGGUGCAGUCAUUGCAGAAUAUGUCUGGAUUGAUGGCUCCAACGGCGUGCGCUCAAAGUGCAAGACCCUGCCGAAGAAGCCAGAAAGCGUCGACGAGCUCCCCGAAUGGAACUUCGACGGCUCCUCCACCGGCCAAGCGCCCGGCGACAACUCUGAUGUCUACCUUCGCCCCGUCGCCAUGUACCCCGACCCCUUCCGUCUCGGCGACAACAUCCUCGUCAUGUGCGAGACGUGGAUGUCCGACGGCAAGCCGAACGCCUACAACUUCCGCCACGAUGCCGCCGUUGUGAUGCAGGCGCACGCUAAGCACGAGUUCUGGUUCGGCCUCGAGCAGGAGUACACUCUUCUCGGCUUCGACGGCUGGCCAUAUGGCUGGCCAAGGAACGGCUUCCCGGCGCCACAGGGUCCCUACUACUGCGGCAACGGCACCGGCAGGGUCUUCUGCAGAGACAUCGUCGAAUCUCACUACAAGGCUUGCUUGUAUGCUGGCAUCGCCAUCUCCGGCACCAACGCUGAGGUCAUGCCCGCUCAGUGGGAAUUCCAGGUCGGACCCUGCGAAGGCAUCUCCCUUGGCGAUCAGCUCUGGAUGUCUCGCUUCCUCCUCCACCGCGUCGCCGAAGACUUCGGCGCCAAGGUAACCUUCGCGCCCAAGCCCAUCCCCGGCGACUGGAACGGCGCCGGCCUACACACCAACGUCAGCACCAGGGAGAUGCGCGAGGAUGGCGGCAUGAAGCACAUCGAGGCCGCGAUGGAGAAGCUCGCGAAGCGCCAGGCCGAGCACAUGGACGUCUACGGCGCGGACAACCGCCAGCGCAUGACGGGCGCGCACGAGACGGCAUCGUACGACAAGUUCACCUGGGGCGUUGCCAACCGGGGCGCCUCUGUGCGUGUCAACCGCGCGUGUGCGGAGGAGGGCAAGGGCUACUUCGAGGACAGGAGACCUGCGUCCAACGCGGACCCGUACCAGAUCACCGGCAUCAUGGUCGAGACACUGUGUGGUAUGGUUGAUGGCGCGAAUAUGCACAAGAAGGUCGACGAGGCGGAAGAGAUUGAGCAGGAGAUGGUCGUGCCGAUCUCGAAGCCGUAG